AACAUGGCUCGAGCGAUGAUGAAAAUGUGGGAAAAGUACUACCUACGUUCCUUCCAGGACUCCCCACCGACUCUCAUCCCAAAUUUCCUCUACGGCACUGCCUGGAAGAAAGACCGGACAGCCGAUCUUGUCUACAAGGCAGUCAGCGCCGGCUUUCGCGGUAUUGACACAGCGGCUCAACCUCGACAUUACCAGGAGCCACUGGUCGGCGAUGGAAUUCGCAAGGCAAUUGCGGAAGGAGUGGUCCGACGAGAGGAUCUCUACGUCCAAACCAAAUUUAGUCCAGUAUCUGCACAAGACCCGGAUAAUAUGCCCUAUGAUGCCAAUGCAUCCCUGACGGAGCAGGUACAUGCAUCGAUGAAGUCAUCGUUGCACAAUCUUCGACCAUCUGCUGACCCGAAGAGCGUGGUCGAGGCGUACAUUGACACGGUGGUUGUCCAUAGCCCGUUGCGUACUAUCGAGCAGACUAUCGAGGUAUGGGAGGCCUUGCAGACCUAUGUACCUCACCAGAUUCGCAACCUAGGGAUAUCCAACUGUCCUCUACCAGUACUUCAUGCUCUUUAUACCUCCCCCGUGGUGAAGGUGAAGCCUUCAGUCGUGCAGAAUCGAUUCUAUGACGAUACUCUCUAUGAUGUUCCACUGCGAGCAUUCUGCCGCGAGAAAGACAUCAUCUACCAAAGCUUCUGGACACUGACUGCAAACCCGGAGCUUGUACGAUCGGAGCCGGUGCAGAAACUCGCUGCUCACAUCGGGAUCAGUCCCGCAGCUGCGCUGUAUACACUAGUGAUGGGGCUCGGUAACAUUACAGUGCUGAAUGGCACCACAAAUGAAACCCGCAUGGCCGAAGACCUGGCCAGCCCGAAGAAAGUGGAAGAGUUUACACAGACCCAGCCAGCUGAGUGGCAGGCAUUGAUGAAAGGAUUUCAGGAACUCGUUGGUGAUGAUACCGCUAGUUAA